AUGGCUUCAGGACUGGCGAGCAAAUACGAGAUCAACGCCGACAUGGGCGAAGGCUUCGGCCGCUGGAAGAUGGGCCCGGAUGAGGAAUUAAUGCCAUACAUCGACGCCGCCAACAUUGCGUGCGGAUACCACGCCGGCGACCCUUCCAUCAUGCUCAAGACAGUUCGCCUGUGCAAGAAGCACGGCGUCAAGGCCGGAGCGCACCCGGGACUGCAAGACAUGUUCGGCUUCGGUCGGAGGAAGAUCGAGAUUGACCCCAAAGACAUGUAUGCCAUGGUGCUGUACCAGGUCGGCGCCCUCAAAGCCAUACUCAAUUCUGAAGGCGUCGAGUUAUCCCACAUCAAGCCUCAUGGAGAGCUCUUCUUCUACAUGCAAAGAGACGAGACGAUCAUGAGGGCUGUUCUGGAAGCAUGCGCCACGUUUGGGGACAACAUCCCGGUAUACGCAUCGCAAAACGCCACACAAGAAGCUAUGUGCAAGGAGCUGGGCAUCCCGUUCCAAGGGGAGGUCUACGUCGACAUUGAUUACUCCCCAGAGGGCAAGCUCAUCCCCGUGGCACAGUCCAACGUGGCUACACCAGAAUUGUGCUACGAGAGGGCCUUGUCUGCGUCAUUGAAGGACGAGGGCAAGGAUAACAGCGGCGGGAUCUUUAGCUUUGGGUUUGAGGGAAAGCCAUUCAGUAUCUGCGUGCAUUCUGAUCAUCCCACGGUGCUUCAGAAUGUUACGGGUGUACGCAAGGCAGUCAACGAGGCGAACAAGCAGAGGUUCCCUAAUUUUUCGAAAUAG